AUUUUUUGUCUGAAUAAAACUCAAUGAUUUCAAUGACAUGUUGUAAACUGCAAACAAUGUGGCUACCCUCAGAAUUUCAUGAUAAUCCUCAUAUCCUUGAUGACAUCUUUAGAGCUAUUAGUAACUUCACCACAUGUAGUAAUAGAGUAGCCGGUAGCUACCUAAGUUCAAAUUCAAUUAGGGAGAGCUUGCAUUUGUAUGUUGUUUCUAGCAGACAAAGUUGUUUAUAUGAUUGCUCUAAUUGUACAAGCCAUCCGGAAAAUCAAUCCUGAUCAGAAUGUGUAAUUUAAGAUAGAAGCAGUGCAAAUUGGGUCAAAAAAACUAUAACACUAAACCACUAAAUGAAAA